AUGUGUUGGAAAGAUGCAUCAGAAAAUACCCGCGGCCCACUUCUGUUCUUCUCCUACUAUCCUUGUCUACAAGCUCCAAACCUGCGAGGCUUGCAGCCAGCCGACGUGGCUUUUCUCGAGUCCCAAAAAUGUUUUCACAUCCCUGUGGGACCAUUUUUGGAGACCCUCGUUGCCCAUUAUUUCCUCUACGUCCACCCAUGCUUGCCAAUUGUGAACGAGGCUGAGUUUUGGCCGAUGUUUCGUCAAACGCAGCCCGGGAGUUCUACAUUUUCUUUACUUACUUUUCAGGCGAUGCUAUUCGUUGCUUGCAGUUAUGUCUCGCUGACUGACGCUAGGGAAUGGGGGGCUGAAUCGAUUCGUGAGGUCCGCAAUUCUUUUUAUCGGCGUGCCAAGUUACUCUACGACUUUGGUGUUGAGGAUGAUCAUUUGCGUCUUUCUCAAGCCUUGACAUUGCUUACCUUUCAAAGCACUGGCUCGGAUCACUUGACAAAUACCACAUGGCUCACUCUCGCAAUUCAACAGGCUGUUGCGGCAAAUGCACAUGUCUAUCACCGUUCUCCAACCGAUGCUAAAUACAAGCGGUCUGAUCUCAAAAGGCUCUGGUGGUGUCUCCUCAUUCGUGACAGAAUUAUUGCCUUGGGCAUGAGGCGGUCUCUUCAAAUUCUUCCAUCGCACUUUGACGCCGCAUCUCACUGUCCGUUACUUCUUGAAGACCUCUCUGAGGAGAUUCACGCCUCCGAGGUUUAUGACCCUGAGACCAAAGUGAUGCUUUGCAAGCUCCUAACCAGCCAGUGUCAGCUUGUUGCUGCCUUGACAGCUUUGAUAAUGACAGUCUAUCCUCUAGACCAGUCCAAAUAUUUGCACGAAAAUUUCGAAUCGGUUCGGCUUAAUGAAAUCAAGUCGCAUCUUGAAUACUGGAAAACCAACCAUAUGCUUCAACGAUCUUCACAAGACUCGAGCUAUCAUCCAUCUAUCCCAUUCUACAAGCAAUUGACUUGCGUUUAUUUUAAAACCGCUCGCUUGGCACUGUAUCACCUUAUCUGUUUCCGAACUUCUCAACGUCAACGACAGGAGAAUUUACCGAAUCUAAUGAACGCUGUUCAAGUAAUCAACGAGAUAGUGAAACGUUUCAUUGUUGAUAGUACGGCAGGACAUCUCCCUAUCAGUGUUGUAGCGUACACCGUCUUACCCCAGCUUGUCCUGAGCUUCGACCUUCGCUUCUGUGGCAACAGCAUAGGCCGGAAGAACCAGGCGCACGAUUUAGAGAACUACAAUGAGCUCAAUCGCCAGUAUGAUUUACGUUACGAUUGUUCCCAUGUCGCGUCAUGGGUGAACGAUAUUAUCCGCAUGUUUGAGACUUCUAUUUCACCUAACACGCUGAGCACUGCAAAACCUGGGCAUUCCGGCAGACUAGGCCCCCUAAAGGGUUCCUUGUUGCUCCAGAUUCAGCCAGCAAUAUACUUCCAGCUUACUACCGUGGUGGAUACUUCAAUGUCUACCGGUCACUUGGCUCUCGGGAACCUGCAGUCUAUAGAAACUCUGUCUGCAACCUCGUUGACAGAGCUCUCUUCGCCCUUGGGGUCCCCUUCUGGUCCAGCUUUAGCACUGGCUCCUCCUUCAUGUUCCCUUGAAGACUAUCACGACAGAAUGGCACUUGAAGAAGUGGUGAAUAUAGACUUUUAUACUCCAGAAGCUGCGGGGCACCUCAAAGACCAGAGCAUUGAUCAAGUUCGCGCACCUUGUUUUAACACUUCUAGCCUCGACACGGUACACGAGGCGAGCAGGGAUGAGGAUAGCAGUCAACCAUCUACAGGGGAUGCAGCUUCAAUUGACCUGCUCUGGGGCAGCAUAGCGCUACUGGGUGAAUGA